UGCUCACUCUUCGCACACUGUCCUUCCCUCUGUUAGGCUCUCCCUUGUGUUUUGAAGGGGGAGAUUGUAGUGUAUGUGUAGUUGCAUGACAUCAUUAUUGUGUGUACACCAGUCCGCAUGCGCGGUCUCUGAAUCUGCAUAACUUCUAGUGGAGCGGUGUUCUUUUCCCGCGCCUUGCUUGCUUUCGGACUGUUCUUCCAGAUGUACUUGUAAUGGUAGUUUUCUCCGACCCUGUGAUUGUGCUUUGCUGAACCCGAUAUAACAAUAGUCAUGACCAUAGGUGCACCGAACACCUAGCAGUAGUAUAUUGUGUAAGAGUGUAAGCGAUCGUCAACGAAUCUUCCGUUCCCCCAGCUGGUUCUGACAUAGUAGUAGCGUGCACUGCUACUGGCUCCAAUUCCAAGAAAGCGAAUAUCGUCAGGGCGAUCUCUUGUUGUUGCUGGCGUCGCGUAAUACGUUCCUGCACUGUAACUUGGGGGCAAUGGCGAUGAGCCAAAGCAACAUCUGGGAGUAUUCUGACGUGCGCGCAGUGUUACGGGAAAUCAUCAAGAAAGUGGAUCCUGUCAUGCUGAGGAUACAAUGCUCUGGAGAAAGUGCUAUCACUUUAGACUGCAAGGAAAGACUGAGAGGCAUUGAUAAUAAAAUAGAACACAAUGAAACUCUCUUUUCCUACUUAGAACAGACUGGACCGCAGACUUUUUCUACGCUACUGGAGAUUUUAAGAAAAUAUCUUCCACUUGGACAAGAGAUGUUAUACAAAGAGCUGGUGGCAGCUAAAUUAUCCUACCAUAAAAGUGUCAAGGGUUCUCAGUCCACUUCAAAUGUACCACAAAACUACUUGCCGGAGAGAACUAGUGGAGAACCUAACCAUUCCAUACAUGCUACAGGCGAAGAGAUACCACCACAAUCGGCAGCUAACCGACCAAUUGCAACAGCUGCACCACCACCAACAUCACCACCACCACCAACAUCACCACCACCACCAAUACCACAGACAGCAGCAGGAAGAGAAUCAAGAACAAUCUGGUGUCGUAUUCUGGUACACAAUGAUAUAUUCUUAAUCAAACAUAUCUCUUCAAUCGCCCCCAUACUUCAGGACAUGAGGCGAGCAGGUGCCUCCCUGACACGUUUCUUUGAUUCAACAGAAUAUUCAUCGCUACGUGCUGAGAUACAGGUUGAGCUGUUGCUGAAUGAGAUCCUGCGCCAAGGUGAAAAUGUCUACAAUCAUUUUGAUAGGGCUCUGGAAAAAUGCUAUACGGAUGUAUAUGCAUCACUGUGCAGCAGAGUAACACAGCAAGAGAGACAAUUCAGAGAAGACUUGCGACAGCCAAAGGGAUUUACAGAUCGCAUGGGCCAUACAACUUUCUUUCCAGCUGGACCCAGUGGCAUAGAGUCAAUUACCACUGGACCUUUUCAUAGCCGGAGUGGACUUGUGUAUGUUCCUGGUGCGUAUGUUCCUGGUGCGUAUGUUCCUGCACAACGGUUUGAUCCCAUGCUCGUUGGAAAUCGUCAACAUCCAUCAUCAAGAGGCCAGUACGGCUACAAUCCUCAUGACCCAGGAGCCAGUGUUGAUGAAAGGUGGAAUGCGCAAGAACGGGAGAGGAUAUUUCAGGAAGAGAGACUUGCUCGGCAAGAUCAACUGCAGCACACGCGCGGACUUGCUGGAGUGUGGCCGCAGACACAGCAUUCCGUGCCUGCUGAACCUGGGGGUCUGCGUGACCAGGAUGACGAUCGUCACGAUGACGCACACACUGCUGCUGCAUUUACCUACGAAAACCGCGAAGUUCCUUCUACACAGGGACAAAGACAAAGUGACACAAGCACUUCCAAGUCGAACGAUGCAUUACAAACUUGCGGCCAGUCUGGUUACAGGAGUCCUAUUCAUCUGGAUGAAAAAGAUAAUGUUGACAACAAUGCAGCAGCUGGUGGUACUUCUCCUCUAGCCAAGAGACACGAGCAUUUGGAGCAAGCCGAUGAUAAGAAAACGGACUGCAGGGAGCCAGUGUCCUGGAAUCCCGUGUCUAAAGUUACUGAAAAGGCCCAAGUGUCAUAUUCUGAAACGGCUUCAUCUGGUACAGCACCACCAGUUGCAAGCAAGGUAGAUGUCAGCCCCGGUACAGCUAGUGAAGGCACAGAUACUCCAGAAGCAGCAGAAGAGUACAAGGGGAUUAUAUUGCUUACUUGUGAUGUGACACAACACUCUGACAACCAAUUCACUCAAUUUCGGUACCAACUCAACACUUCUGACUUUCCAAUGAAUUUCGAUCUGGAUAUUCUUCCCAAAGAAGACUUCACUACUGAUCCAUCUGAUACGUUCAUUAGUUCAUUGCAGAAAGAAUCUCAGCAGACGGAUGCACUGAUUCUUACGAGUACCGGCCGUGAGGAGGCUGACAACAUGAAGGCUGCCCUGGUUGCGGCAAUGGUUUCGUCCAAACUGUCACCCAAUCAACACGUCCAGGUGUUUAAGCUGCCGCAGCAAUGGGACACCGGCUUACUGGAGGAAGACUCUUCACACUGGGAAACUGUACUGAAGGACAUCAGUGGAACUGUAGUUGUGAACAUUGACUUGCUCAGAAAUAAAGACAUCAACAUCCUGCAACUGAAAGCUGGCCUGCAUUAUUGUGGAUUCACCAUUUCAUACUUUAAGCUGAAAGGGGACACAGCCCCAACUUCAGCAAAGAGGAGUGGAAGACGACGGCGUCUCGGAGGUUUGUCACCUUUCUGUUUCUUCUCACCUGUACUUUAGUGUUGAACCAAAUGACUGUCAUUCUAAACAGUUAAAAACUGUGUGAAUGAGCAGGAUUCGGGUGAGACCCAGUCGGACUCAGUUUUCCGCAUCCGUGGGAACUCCACCACCAUGUGAAAUACCAUAUCAUCAAACAAUGAACUGAAACUUGUGAAGCUGGAUGUGUGGUCCAACUGUACAAUACAGGAAAACUUGGAUGCUGUUAAACCGGAAAUUUUCGGCGGUGUAAUAUUUUCGAUAUUUCCCAAAAUAAACAGUUCGGUAGCACGAAAAUU